UGCUCUCAUGCCCCGCUAGUCCCGUCCCGUCCCGGAGCCGAGCCGACCUACCCGACCGUGUCUAGUUUCCCCCGAGAGCCGCAGACUACCGCUCCGAAAACACCUCAACCAUGGAAGGCGACAAUAUAAUAAUGCCAGUUUGACCGCGGGCCACUCUCCAAGAUGCCAGGCCUCUGGUCCAUAAGCCCUGUGUGUCUGACAGUCAUCUGCUUCUUAUCCUGGUCUCUGGCUCCCAGUCAUGCUCAGAAUGGAAAAGAUGAAGUGUCGGGACUGCAGUAUGGCCACUUGAAGUCUAACGUGACUCUGGCAUGUGGGAAGUCACCAGUCAGGACACCCGUGGUAUGGCAUCUUAACCACAGCUCACAGUUGCCCUGGCACCAAGUGACCUCCAACGGAAGCCUCAUCCUCCUGCAGACAGACCACUCCGCCCAGGGCGACUACAGCUGCUAUGACAACCAGGGCCUCCUCGUGCACUCUCUCAGGCUCAGGUUGGGAUAUCCUCCAGGCCCUCUGAGUAUUUCCUGUCGGGUGCCCAGUCACAAGUACGUUCUCUGCUCGUGGGCCGACUCUGCAGACACCCACCUUCCAGCCCAAUACACUGCCUCCUAUGGGGGUAAAAACACAGAGAAGGAGUGUGUGGUGGAUGCCUCGGAGAAGCACUGUGACAUCCAUCUGCCUGGCUUCUGGCAGGUCACACACAUCCUGCGGGUCACCGAGACCAACGCCCUGGGCUCACAGACUACCAUUGUCAUCUUGAAGCUCCAUGAACUAUUAAAACCUGACCCUCCUGAGUCAGUUGAGGCCAAGGCAGUAGAGGGAUACCCUACUAGACUCCAUGUCUCCUGGACCUUUCCCUCCUCUUGGCACGAGGACAUCAUCGCAUUCCCCCUCACCUUCCAAAUCCGAUACAGGCCUCAGGGAUCUUCAUACUGGUCGGAGUUGUUCUCCGAUGACAGCCAGGUCGUGAUACGCGACGCACUGGCGGGUUACGUCCACCAGGUGGAGGUGCAAGCGCGGGACGAGGUCAAUCAGUGGUCCCAGUGGAGUGAGUGGAGCGCUCCGGUCUAUGCGCAGCCCUGGGAAGGUGACUCCACACUUGUACCUACAGAGGAGAACUUUCCAGAGGAGAUCUUCCCAAGUGGAAUGUUUCCUGUUUUCACAAAGCCUGAAACCUCAACAGCAAAGUCACACAACCCGCCGUAUGAGGAUGAAGGUAACUUGGGUUUGGUGAUCCUGCUGGUGCUGUUUUCUGUGGUCAUCUUCUCCACCGUGCUCUCCCUCUUCUUUGUGAUGUGGGUGAAGCAGCGGCGGCGGAACCAGGCAAACAAGCAGGAGCUCACGUCCAUGGUCAAGAUGAAGUCCAUGUCAAUAUAAUGUUGAAUCAAAGCAUGUUCUCCUCAUCGGCCCGUUCUAGGGCUCCUCCCGCUGGUCAACCGCUGAAUUACAACUGGCCCAUAAAAAGCUGAUUGACUUUUUUUCAGCUACAAAACAGCAUUACAGUGACCUCUCAAAAUAAUUUGCAAUCUGACUAAGGCCAAAAAGGCUGCUAUAAGUCGACUACAACUGCUGGAAUUUCUAUUACAAUCUACACUACAAUUCCCAGAAUGCACCAGUGGAACAGAAGACUUAGUUACAUGGAUAUUUGGAGUUUACUCACAACCGAUGCUGCUCCAGGACCCUUUACUGUUUUGAAUAAGGGAGACUUUUCACUACAAGUAAGGAUUUAGAGUGCAGCUGCCAAAAUGGGGAAUGCAAGCCAAAGAUUUCAAUUUGAUUUAUAAAAAUGUUUUUAUUUUAUUUUGUUUUUUUUGGCUGUGUUCUCCCAUUCCGGAUUCCUCACUUUAUUUUUUGUAUUUUUUCUUGUGAGAAGAUUUUCGUCCAUUUUGACUGAGCGGCCGACCCAAUGCUGUGAAGGAAGUAUCUCUCUUUCGAUCAGGCCAAAGCAGUAUCACGGGGCAUUAUGGCUAACACUAACGUGCUAAAAAUGGACUACAAAAUAUAUGGGGCGGGAUAUAUUGACUUUUAUUUUCUUGCAUUAUACUUUAUGUCAUCCUUUUGUGCAUAUGUUGAAUCCUCUUUCUGUUGAUCCAUAUAUAUUUUGGAAUGAGCGAGUUAUUAGCCCGAUUUGAUGCUCAAAGAGGAGGUAAGGUAUGCAAGGGCCGUUCACAAAGCACCAGCAAAGUGUAUUUUAACAAGUAGUGUAGAGAAUUACUAUAGUGACCAGCCCCCAUCCAAAGAUUUCACUAUUACAAAGUGCACUUAAAUAGAAUAACCAGGUAAACCUAGCAUAGCUUAAUGAAAUUCACUUUAGCCUAUAAAGGAGUACCUAGCAUACAUGUUAAACAUAGUGUGCAAAGACUAAAGACAAGAGCUUAGCAGCAGUAAACAGUCCACGAUGCAUAAGCCUCAUUGAAGGCGCUGUACCUGAUUUUCUUUUUUACAAGAUUUUCAGUCCUGGAGGCUUUAUUAGACAAGGUAGCCGUAGCAUGAUUUGCUGAGAGAGAGGGUAGAGAGGGGCAAAAUUGUUAAGUUAAAUCUGUAAUGUCCACUGCCCACUUAACCCCUUCUCUUAUUCUAAUGCUGUACCAUGAGAGAAAAAAACUGUCCAGAAUAUUUCUAGGCAGUGGCUUUCACUGGACUAUUACAGUUUGAAUCGAUUUUAAUCAAAGUCAGAGCAGGGUGUUUCAAACGGGAAUGUCCAUAUCCUAUUUAAGAAAUUGUAAACUGCCUUCAGUUGCAUUUGUAUAGAUAUGUUGUCUCAUUUUAAUACUUUCAAUCAGAAUGAGAUUUUUCACAAUGCCACUUGUUUAAUUGCACAAGAACCCUGCUUUGAGAGAAAGAAAGUCAGGAAUAAACUUGUUUCAUAUUAAUCCUUCAUUUAAUUUUUAAAACAUGAAUUAAUCAAAUUAAUUUGAUUAAUUGCCCAGCCCUACAUGGUUGCUACUUUAUGGUUCUCAUCUAAUAAAGUGCAACACACCACUUGGUGCAAAGGGCAUGUUCCUGAACUAUAACAAAUUCAGUUUUCUUACUGAGCCUUUAAAUUUUUAACAAGGGACAUUGUGAGAAAAUGAACCAUAAAAGCAAACAAGGAAAUACAUAAAAAACAUGUCCUUCUGGAGCUAGAAGACCAACAAGUGCUUCAUUCAUAACUUUUUUAAACAUUUAUUUUUCUUGUGGAUGUGUUUUUGGAUCCACAAGUGAGAAGCCCACUAAAUAUUGUUAUCAUUUGCUGUAAUUGCUGUUUACUGCUGCUUUGAGUCAAGUCCUUCAACCUUUCUCACAAGAAUGCACUGUUGGUAAUUCACCAACUAUAACAAAUACGCAUAAGACACUAGUUACUUUAGUUUUCGUUAUAUUCUUUUGAAAACAGAAAUCUGAAAUGUGAACUAGAAGUAGAUUAAACAUCAUAAAGUAAAAUGCAGACCGUAUGAUUAAUAUGCAGUAUAUAGUCAUUUCAGUUGUAUAUUAGGGGACAUAUUUAUAUAUUCUUUACUUCACUGCCAUGAUGACCCCUGAUUUGUGACGGAUACGGUUGCACGAUCUGCUUCGUUAGCUACAACGCUGACUAUUAGCAUUUCAAACCAAGCACUUACAAGGACUGAGCAAAGAUAGUUGUUAGCUGCUCAUUGCUUUUAUGAAAUACGCUACCUGUCAAAAAGGUUGGACACACAUUUUAAAGUAUGUUUUCUUUAUUUUCUUGAAUAUUUACAUUGUAGAUUCUCACUCAAGGCAUCAAAAUUAUGGAAAAUAAGACAUAAAAAAAAAACUAAACACGUCUUUUAGAUUUAAUUGCUCCCCUUUGCUUUGAUCACUACUUGGAACAGUCUUGGCAUUCCUUGACCCUGACAUGGCACACCUGUGAAGUGAAAACCAUUUCAGGGAGAAAGUAAGGGUUUGCUGAGCUGUCAACAAAGCAAAGGGUGGCUACUUUGAGGAAUUUGAGCAGAUUUUUCGAUAUUUAACUUUUUUAUACUUAAUUCCAUAUGUUUUGCUUCAUAUACUUUACUGUCUUGCGUAUGUUUCUACGAUGCUUAAAGUAGUACAACAAAGAAAAACACACUGAAUAAGAGGGCGUGUCCAAACUUUUGAUCAGCAGUGUAAAUUUAUUUUAAUGUGCAAUUUUAUGCCUCACAUAGCACUAGACCUUAACUACAUGCAUACAUGCAUUUGGUGAGUUUUUGAAAACACUAGAAGGCAACAAACCAGACUGGACCACCAUGCAGUUUUGCAGUUGAUUCCAUAAAAAUCUGAUGUGAAUAACAUUAGCAUUGCCUAUAUUGAGGAGGAAUAUAACGUUCUGUUGAUAGCAAGUGAAUCAAAAUGUUUUCAAGGCGGGUGCUUCAUGUAGUGACAGUAGAAGUAGUUCAAGUUGGAUAGGAGGCUUCAAGUGAAUUGGGAUACAAUGAAAAUACUUUUUUUUUUUUUUUAUGAAAAUGCAUUUUUUUUUUUAAAUUCAUCACUUAAUCAACAAAACAAAUCUUCCCAUUGUUUUGAGGGGUCAGCAUCAUAGGGAUGUACGGGACAUUUUGGAAAAUUGGAUUAUAGUCUUAUUAUCAAAUAAAAACUUGAGCUCUGUAAUAUUACAAUAAAUUUUCACUUAUUUUGAUUUAUCAUUCUCAGUGGGAUUUUCAGGGGAUUUGACUGCUAUGUCUUAAAAAAAAAAAAAAGUACACCCAAAAAAGUGCAAAUUUCUAAUUAAAAAGAUAGUUUUAAUUGCGUGUUAGCAUGGGAGGUGUCAGUUGUGGUUCCUGAAUUAAAUUUUCCAUUAAUUUUUCCCAUAGACAUUUCGAAAUAUUUAAAUCUUCAGAGUUUAAAGGCAUCGCAAAGACUAACCAGCUACGUGCUAACCAACAACACGAUUGUUUGAAGUCCAAAGCGCAAAUUUAAAACACAAGACUCUGCUAAAUGUUUUAAUAACUUUGCAGUUUAUAAAGUUUCAGAAACAGAUUUUAAAUAGAAUUGGUGUGGUCGCCAUUAGUCACCACAUAGCAGAUUAGCCCUGAGCGAGCUUUCAAACUUUUAAUAUAAUUUUUUUCCUGAAAGUCUAAGGGGAAAGUUAAUGAGAUAGUGCAGCUCAGGACAAAUUUCAGUUCCAAGUUUUUCCCUUUUGAUUCUGAGCCCUCAGUUUGCAAACGUUCUUCAAACUCUCUUCAAACUUUUUUGCCCAUUUCUUUAUUUUUUUCUCCAAAACUGUGUGGUGAUUUCUUGAUUGUUCUGAACAAAGGUGCAUCAGCCGUGCGUUCUCUCAAGCUAUAACUCACCUAUUAUUGCAUGAGUCCAAUUCAAGCUUAUUUGUAUAUUAUUGUAUAUCACAUUUUAUGAAAUUCAUGUAGUGUUUGUUAAAUGGUGUUUAUAUGUAGAAAAAAAACAAAAAAACAAAACUUUAUUCCUUGGGGUUGCUUCAUGGAGAUGGGUUUUCUCACUUUUAGCUUUUGUUUUAACAAAAAUAGUUUGGAAAAUGUUGCAGUUUGCACAGAUUGAAACACUACAAUCAAAUGGUCUUGUCCGCACAGUGUUCACAAAGUAUAUACAAUUUUAUAUUUCAAAAGUGUCUAAAAAUGUCCGUUGUAUUUUUGAGAAUAACCCAUGUCUAGAACCAUCUCUGCUUGUAUUGUAUUGUGUCCUCUGUCCCAGUUAUAUGAAGCUGUUACUGUACAUUUACUGUAUGGACAUUUUGUUUACCAGUUUGCUUUUCUUUCUUUCACUUUGCUUUGAGUAGCAGUGUGUUGUCCUGUCAACCGUGAAAUUAUUUUUCCUAAUAGGUGGCAACAUUUAAUAUUAGCAUAUUAUAUUAUAUAUUAUAUAUUAUUAUAUAUUAGCACUUCCAUACAUAUAGGUUGUACUUCAUUAGUUAAAAUCCAAAAUUCUAAUUCAGAGGUCGCCUUAUAUAAACUCACUAUUUUUGGUUUACUCUUCAGAAACUUACCUCAUGUUGUGUUUAGUUUAAUUCACACUUUUUUUUCCCCUCUCUAUUCUGCAUUCUGAGGUUGUUUUCUUCUUAAAAAUAUUGUGUUGAACCUCUCUACAUCAUGUGGUUGGCUCCGCCUUUUCAGGAAGUGCUCCCAUGGAAGUAUAAUAAGAUCAGGAAUGUGAACCAGAGAUUGUGUCGUGUUGGUUUCAAUGGUUCAAAAUCAGUGAUGCGUGAUGCCUAGCUAGCGCGGGUUUCGAGCGGGCCUUGGCUAUGUCUUACAAAGCUAACUUUUAGGCACGUUCAUGGAUUUAAACGUUAUUUUUCGUGGAUUUAAACGAGAAUUCCUUCAAAAUCUGACCUUUGUGAAAGUUGUAGAUCCCCUGUCAGCUGAAAACGGGCAGUUUGAUUAAUACUCAGACUUUGAUACGAUACGUGGAUAUUCCUUAUAACCGUUUUGAUUAUGUAGUAUAACAAAAUGCAUUCAAAUUUUAUGUCCACAAUGGCAUUAACAUCAAAAUUAUCCCCUUUUCACCACAAUAAAUUCAUCCUAAAUGCAGUUUUCAGCAGGUUAAAUCUAUAAUGAAUUUAUGUUGUUAUGUUUAAAAGUAUCACAAUACACAUCUCUGUAUCGAUAUCGCCAAUACGUCAAUUCCCAUAACGAUAUAUCGCUGUAUCAGUAUUUCGAGUACAGCCCUAUGGGAGAAUUCUUUCCGGGCACGACUUGCACCUUGUACCUUUGGACCGACCACUAAUCAAACUCGGGACAGACGGCGCGUGCCUUAUCCAGGUCUUCUUAUAGAUCCAUACGCCGUCAUUGCUACCGUAACAAAGUUCAACACUAACAACUGUCAUUAGCCUCAUUUGAACUGCUUCAGACGCCUCAAUUGUUAAAAAAUGUGGAAAUACUAAUGCAAAGUCCAGAAGAAAUUUGUAAUGGGAACUUUCUGUGGGUUUCAGACCGCAAUCCACAAAAGAAAAAAUGAGCUAAAUGUCACUCUCAAAGAUGGCAUAACUUUAUGGCAUUACGACAUAAAUGGAAGUAAAGCAUGGAAGACUGAGACUAGUAGGUCACACCAGAAAACCAUAUGCAAAGUGUCCCCAACGUUUCAACUCAUCUCAGCGGAACAAUUUUGGAUGUUGGGCCCCCGCCAAGUCGACUGGCAAAUAGUACUUUGUUGUGUAGGUUUUGUCACGAUAACAUUUUGAACCAUGAUACAUCGCUAGAGAUACUGCGAUAAACGAUAAUAUUGAAACUACUUUAACCAACUGAUUCGAAAACAAUAAUGCGAUUUAAUCUCCGUAAACCAUUUUUAAAUUAACAAAAAGUCUCAAAAACAUCCAGAAUCUCCCAUUUUUUGCAUAUAUUUUGACCCCUAAAAUAUGUCGUUCCAGCUUUAUGUAUUGAACGAUAAGUCGAUAUAGUGAUUAUCGCGACAGGUCUACCGUUAUGUAGAAUAUAAAAAGCUUUAAAAUAAACAGUAGCAUUAGCGUCUCUGCUCAGCUCGAUUAAAUGUUGCCACCUCCUCAUGUCUUUUCUUCACUGUUUGGUUUCUGCAGGGGUACAUUUUGCUUUGUGUUUGACAUCACCAUAAGCUCUCGUAUGUUUUUUUUUUCCUCUUUGUGUCCGUUUGUGUCUGUGAAAUAAAAACAAAACUAUUUUAUCACAAA